UUAUUUUAGGCACCCUCCAUGUAUUUAUUUGGUUCUCACAUGCUUUAAUCUCCAUUUUCCUGAUGAGGGAACAGCCAGAAGUGACUUGCUCACAUUACCCAGCUACUGUGUGGCAAAAUCAGGAUUUGAACUCAGGAAGCUGAGCUUCAAAAUUUGUGGUACUUGGGGGUCAUGCUAGUUUGCAAAAAAAGUGUAGAGCCUUUGCAAAAUAUCUUGAUCACAAAUUUUAAACAGCUUUAAAAGAUUUGAAGACUGCUAGUUAGUUUGUGAGGAUUCCUAGAGGGAUCCAGGAAUUGGUGGCCUCACUCUGGCUCUUAUCUGAGCCCCCUGGUCCCGCAGUAUCCCCAUCUCUGCCCCUCCACUUCCCUCUCCGGUCUCAGUGCUGAUUCACUCCGGUCUCUGCCUACCACAUCCCAGCCAUGGCCCUGGUUCUGCAGCUGCUGCCUCUGUUGCUCUCAAGGGUCCAGGGGGACCCCGAGGGUCCUCUGAAGGGCAGCCCUGGGGACCGGGUGAACCUUUCCUGCAAAGAUGUCUUAGAGCCCGCCCGCUGGGCUUGGGCGCCUAGUUUCCCGGCGUGCAAGGGCCUGUCCAAAGGGCGCCGUAAGAUCGUGUGGUUGUCGUCGAGCGGGACCCCAGUGGUGCUUGAGCUCUUCUCCGGCCGCCUGCGUUCCCUGGACACUAGUAUCAAGGAGCUAGAGCUACUGCUGAGCGCCGGCGAUUCUGGCACCUUCUUCUGCAAAGGACAGCAAGAGAACGAGAGCCGCACAGUGCUUCAGGUGCUGGGGGACAAGGCAGACUGCAGGGCUCCGGGAUCUACCCACGGUUCCGAGUAUCCCAAGGUCCUGAUUCCUCUGCUGGGCAUUGGGCUGGUGCUGGGACUGGGUGCCUCGGGCUUGGUCUGGUGGCGGCGCAGGCACCCGCCCCUGCCCCCGCCCCCGCCUGGACCACUCCCCGCAUUUGCUCCAGUCAUAAACGCUGAGCCGCAGCAGCCUUUAGAACAGGAGUCCAAGACCUCAGGCCACCUGGACCAGGAGCCGAGCCUGCACUAUGCUGAUCUGGACCACUCCGUCCUCGGGAGGUACCGCCGGAUGUCCACAGUGAUUCCUGGUGAUGCCUCCACUGUCUAUGCGGUUGUGGUUUGAAGGGAAGCUCUUGCCUUCCAAACCUUCCAAUCCGGGGCUUCCCUUCUCUCUAUAACCUCCUCAGCUGGAGGGGGAAGGCACCAUGGACAGAGGCACUAGUCUAGACAACCUGGGUUGUCUCUGCAACUAUUCGGCUUUUUUCAGCCACCCCCAUCUCUCCUGUAAGUUUUCCUUCACCACUGAUGCCCUCUCUAAAGCUGACCAAGCCGUCUGUCUUAAGUUUUAACUCCCAAAUAGACGUCCCGUCUGUUCACUCUCCCUUUCCAAACAAGCAUUUCGAUCUUAAGGCAUACUCCAGGCCUCAUUUCCCUGCUUCACACCCACUCCUAUGACCAUUGGCUGUGGCUGCUCAUCUACCGUCUAAGGUUGCCAGUGAUGUCCUAGUCCACAAGAUAACAUUCACUGACUUGGCCCUAGAUCAGCCCUCUUUAAACCCUGAUUUACUUUGUUGUGAAAUCUCCCUUCUAGACGCCCGGCCAUUCUGUUUGCCUCUUCCUCCUUCUUCCUCCUCUUCUAGGAAGCUAGCCAAUCCUCAGCCCCCUUCCCUCCAACCCAGAUCUCAGUCCUAGUACAGCCUGUCCAGCUAGCCUCGGGCAUUUUGCACAAGGCAUAUCAAACCUGACACAGUCCUGUCUUCCUGGGCCCUCUGCAUUCUCAUGACCAACACAAGUUGCCCAAGCCAGAAACUGGGAGUCAGAGUACACCAGCUCCUCUCCCACACAGGGACUUAUGAAGCUCCCCACACAUCUUUCCUUUAAAGACGGCCUCCACCUUCAGUGUGGGUUACAGCGAUUACAGGCGCACACCACCACACAAGGCCUUGUCUUAGUGUCACCGUCAAAUCUGAACCUGUCUCCAUGUCCAGGGUUGCCACCAGAAAGUACUUUCAUCAUUUGCUUCAGGGGUGACCCACACUCCCUUCGGACCCUCCUGCCCUCCCGAGCACCCACCACUGGCCCUCUCCUGAGGCUUCGGCUUUGGGUUCGGGUGCUGCAGGACUUUGCGUACUCUUAGGCUUCUCUGUCGUUUCCUGUGUACACGUGCCCACCUUCGAUCCUCCACAGUUUUCUCCCUACAAUACUCAUUGGUCUGGUGAAAUAAAUUCCAUCUUCUGGAUUCCUUUUCCCUCUUCCUUACUUCCUGCCUGGAUUCCACUCAAAUGUAGCCUUUCCUGAGAUAUUGAUCCUCAUCCCAAAUGCUUGCCCAUUCCUGAACAAAAUUUGAUGCUCUAGAAACCCCCUGAUUUUUUUUCUCAUAGAAACAGACUCCUGAAAACCAUCCCAUUCUAACCUGUCUGCCAAUUUACAAGGAAAUGUCAGGAACUACGAGUUUUCUGACAUCAGGGGACUAACCCUUUUGACUCACUGUUAAGCCUCAAUACAUGAAUAAGUGUCUCGGAAAACACUGUUCUUCUUUAUCAAAUAAAGGUGGACAGGUAAUCCA